AUGGCAGGGGAAGAGAGCGGAAUCGACGAACAGAUGGUCACCGUACCGGUGAUAGCAGAUGGUGCACCACCCGGCAGCCAGCACCACACCUUGAAAUACUCUCUUUUGGGACCGUCUCUUACGAAGUCUGGCCAAGAUGGCGUGGAUCAGAAGAAGGUCUCCGAGGUCAUCUACAACGCUUCGAGGGGCAGCAAGUUCUUCAACAAUGAGGAGACGAAAGACAAGACCCUCACGGUCAAGAUCAAUCGCAUCCUGGCCAAGAAGCGGGAGCUUCAGAGGGUAGAGGAGCAAGGCGGGCUGAAGAAGGAACUCAAGAAGGCAGACGAGUACAUCGCGGAGCUGGAGUAUGGCCGAGACCUCAGCCAGGCGGUAGUCCAUGUGGAUUGCGAUGCAUUCUACGCGGCUGUCGAAGAGUUGGACAGGCCGGAGUUGAAAGACUUGCCGUUCGCUGUCGGACAGGGCGUCCUCACAACAUGCAACUAUCACGCGCGAAAGUUUGGGUGCAGGAGCGGCAUGGCUGGCUUUGUUGCACAGAAGCUGUGUCCGGAUUUGAUCCGCUUGCCACUCAACUUUGAAAAGUACACGGCCAAAGCGAAGGAGGUUCGGGCGAUUCUGGAGCUGUACGAUCCGCGGUUUGAAUCCUCCAGCAUCGACGAGGCGUACCUCAACAUCACACAGUACUGCAAGGACCACGAUAUGGAUCCGGAAGAAGCAGUCGCUCAGAUGCGAGCGCAAGUCUAUGAGGAGUGUAAAGUCACGAUAUCAGCUGGAAUAGCAGCGAACGCGAAGCUUGCGAAGAUAUGCAGUAACAAGAACAAGCCAAAUGACCUGCCCACCCGUAAGGUGAACGGCGUUGGCCGGGUGUUUGAGCGAGAACUAGACGCCAUCGGCAUCAAAACAUGCGGCGACCUGUACCCGCAACGACACUAUCUGCAGCGACUCUUCGGUGAGAAAGCCUUCGAGUUUCUCAUGGGUGUCUAUCUGGGUCUGGGAAGAACCGACAUCAGGCCAGCUGAAGAGUUCGAACGCAAAAGUGUAGGCACUGAGAGCACCUUCCACGACAUGAGCGAUCCCAAGGAACUACGAGACAAGCUACGAUGGACCGCAGACGAGCUUGAAAAGGACUUGCAGCGCACGCAGUUCAAGGGGCGAACUUUGGUGUUGAAGAUCAAACUACACACGUACGAGGUCUUCAGCAGACAGGUGCAGCCACCCAAAGCUGUCUAUACGGCGGAUGACCUAUAUCACUUCAGUCUUCCGAUGUUCACCAAGCUGGAAAAGGAGAUGCCUGGCAUGAAGUUGCGCCUGAUGGGUCUCAGAUGCACUCAUCUUGUUAGCAUGAAGAAAGGUGACGUGGAUUUCUUCGGGCGGGCAAGACAGCCAACGUCUGGAGUUUUGCGAGAAGCGUCCAGUGACGACGCUCAUUCUGCCAAAGUUGACGAAGACGGCUGGCAGAUCUGGCCUGACGACGAGUUCGAAGAUGCAGCAAGGCAGGAGCGCUUGGAUGACGAAGCAGAACUAGAGCGACUGUCGCAGGAUGUCGACGCUGCCAGUAAAGAGAUUCUAAGCUACAACCCAGAUGGUGGGCCGUCAGACUAUAGGCGAUAUGGCAACGGUUUCGCGUGGAGAUCUAUUCUGGAAGAAGAACGUACGAAGGGUGAGGAAGGAGCACAGUCAGAUCGACCGGCUAUAGAGCAGUGGAUAUGUCCCAUCUGCUCUGUACCUCAGCAGGCUGAUGAGCGAGCGUUCAACGAGCAUAUUGAUGGCUGCUUGUCAAGACAGACGAUCAAGGAGAUUGUGAAGUCAUCCGAUGAUGACACAGCUGAACGACCGUCAAAGAGCUUCUUGAACCCAGUGUCAGCGAGCACCGCGAAAAGGAAACGCGGCAGGCCUCCAUCGAACGGUAACAGUGGGAAAGAGAUCAGCGGUGGUGACAAGCGGCCCAAGAAGGCAUUCUUUACAUAG